AUGCCCGAUAUUCAUUUGAAAAACCCCCAUGCCAAAAAGGGAUUUUGGAAACGCCUGUCACGUCACAGAGGUUGGGGUUAUCCUGACGUUCUACAAAUUAGAGGCUCCGUACUUCCAAGCUGUGUGCCUAUUCUUUUCUUUUCAACACUUUUCACCACUCUCUUAGCUGUUCUAUAUCUAAUCUUUGAGAUAAACAUAACUCUUCCUGAGAGUUUAGUAAGAGAACUUGACGAAGCUGAUCGUAAAGAAAAAGAAAUGAAUAUUAGACUUUUAUUGGCAUAUGCAGUUGCUAUUAAACAUCAUCUUCGUUUAGAAUUUGGUACGGAUUGGUUUGACUUGACAAGUCUUCUCCCUGAUGGAUUUCAAUUAACGUACUUUGAUGGAAACGUUGCACAAGAAAAUACGGUAUUGGGAGCUGGGCAUGAUGAAGAUCCUAAUAGGAGUGUUGCCAAUAGACCUUCAUCGGAUAUCCCUGAACAUUCACUUCGUGUUAUUGCAAAUAGAAUGUCUCCUUCAACUUAUAAAUCUCUUCGUAAUUCAUACUCUCGUGAUGAAACAACUAUAUGGUUCGGAGCAUCAGAAUGGGGUAGUGAUAUUGAUGCUAGUAUGAGUUUGCCACUUGAAAUUAUUUUUCACGUCGGGUUAUAUAUUGAUAAAAAACAACAUAAUGGUUCUUUGGAUGGUGCUCGUUUUGGUGCAAUUUCUGGAAAUUUAAAUUCUCUAGUUGAAAUUUUCGGUGAUUUAGAACGAAUUAGUGACACCCCUAUCCCAUUUGCUUAUAACAUUCAUUUGAAACAAGCCGUCCUUUUGUAUGUUUGGGUACUUCCAUUCACUUUGGUUGAUAAAGUCGGAUGGGCGGUUAUUCCAACCGUCUUUUUGGUUGCUUUUGUGCUUUUCGGUGUUGAAGCUAUCGGUGCUGAAAUUGAAAAUCCAUUCGGUUUUGACAAAAAUGAUUUGCCAUUGGAUGGAUAUUGCGAUGAUUUGAAAGCUGAAAUUGAAUACUUACAACGUCAUAUUCCUUCCGUGAAGGCAAUUCCGGCAUCUCAAUCUCCCCGUUAA